CUUCCCACUGGGGCGACCCACCUCCCCCUUCUCUCACUCUCUCGUUCUCUCUCUCAGCGUCCGCGCGAUUUCGAGGGUUUUCUCGAAGGGAAGAGAAAAAAUCUCUCGGGGUUCGCCGUCAUCUCGCUCCGAUUCGCCCCCGGCGCCUCCGUCGAGGAGAAUCUCGCUUGCAGGAGCCAACGGUAGCUACUCCUGUUUCCAUGGUUUGACUGGAAACUGGGCAGCGGGAGAAGAAGGCAUGGAAGGAGAUGAGCAGCAUCAGGUUGCUCUUGUAUGCGCUAUCUGCGGUGCUUUCUUCUGUGUCUUAAGUCCGCUUAGUUUUUGGAUUCUCUGGGCUGUAAAUUGGAGGCCGUGGCGGAUAUACAGUUGGAUAUAUGCAAGAAAAUGGCCUGAUAUUAUACAAGGACCUCACUUAGGUGUGGUUGCUGGUGUUCUAUCACUAAUUGCAUGGGUUAUUGUUCUUUCCCCCAUUGUUCUGCUAAUAACAUGGGGAGCCAUAAUUAUUGGACUUCUGAGACGCAAUAUAAUUGGUUUAGCUUUAAUAAUUGCUGGCACGGCUCUUUUACUGGCAUUCUAUUCUAUAAUGCUUUGGUGGCGGACACAAUGGCAAAGCUCAAGGGGAGUUGCUUAUCUUCUUCUCCUGGCUGUGGCAUUACUUUGUGCCUAUGAGUUCUGCGCUGUCUAUGUAACUGCUGGUGCGAGUGCUUCUGAGCAAUAUUCACCAUCUGGAUUCUUCUUUGGUGUAUCUGUAAUUGCACUAGCCAUCAAUGUUCUUUUCAUUUGCAGAAUUGUCUUUAAUGGAAAUGGAUUUGAUGUUGAUGAAUAUGUACGGAGAUCAUACAAAUUUGCAUAUUCUGAUUGUGUUGAAGUUGGAGCUGUUGCUUGCUUAACUGAACCACCAGAUCCAAAUGAGUUGUACAUGCGUAAAUCUAGCAGGGCUUUACACCUAGGACUUCUGUAUCUUGGUUCUGUGACUGUUCUUGUAGUGUAUGCAGUUUUGUAUUGGCUGACAGCAAAAGAAGCUCGUUGGCUGGGGGCAGUAACUUCAGUUGCUGUUCUUGUUCUCGAUUGGAAUAUGGGUGUUUGUUUGUUUGCAUUCGAGAUAGUCAGAAGUCGCAUAGUAGCACUAUCUGUUGCUGGAAUAUCCAGAAUAUUCCUCAUCUGCUUUGGAGUGCAUUACUGGUAUCUGGGUCAUUGCAUAAGUUAUGCUUUUGUAGCAUCUGUCCUUUUAGGUGCAAUUGUUUCUCGUCGAUUAUUUGUCUCCAACCCAUUGUUUGAAAGGAGAGUUGCUUUAAGAAGUACUGUAUUACGUCUUAGAGAAGGAUUCCGGCGCAAUGGGCAAAAUAGUUCCUCAAGUUCUUCUGAAGGUUGUGGAUCGAGUGUGAAACGUAGUAGUAGUAGUGUUGAAGCAGGUCAUCAAGCAAGUUCUGUGGAUGAUAUUUAUGGAAAUAACCAUAUUUCUAUGAGUGCCAAUAACAGGAAAAAUAUGCUUUUUGGUCGUUCUCGCAGUUGUCAAGAAGAUGCUAAUUGUGAUAAGAAUGUAGAUAGCGGAAGGGAAAGUUUAGCAUUACGAAGCAAUUCAUGCCGCUCUGUUCAUGAUUCUGAAGUGGUCAGAACUACUGAUAGACAUCUUGAUCACAAUACUUCCCUUAUUACUUGUUCUAGCAGUGGUCUAGAAAGCCAAGGCUGUGAGUCGAGUGGAUCCGGCGCACCAUCCAUAAAUCAUUCUGGUUUAGACAUGAAUAUUGCUCUAAUUUUACAGGACAGGCUGAAUGAUCCAAGGAUUACAUCUAUUUUGAAAAGAAAAACUGGGCUUUCAGACCAUGAAUUAGCUAGUCUUCUUCAAGAUAAGGGCCUUGAUCCAAAUUUCACUUUCAUGUUGAAGGAGAGAGGGCUUGAUCCUAGACUUUUAUCUUUGCUGCAGAGAAGUAGUUUAGAUGCAGACAGAGAGCAUCAAGAUGCUACAGAUGCUCCUGUUCCUGAUUCUGGUAGAUUGGACAGUACCGUCCCGAAUCAAAUAUCUUUAUCGGAAGAACUUAGACAGAGGGGACUGGAAAAAUGGCUCAGGUUUUCUAGGCUUAUGCUACAUCAAAUAGCUGGUACUGCUGAACGUGCUUGGAUCUUUCUUACUUUGGUUUUCAUAGCAGAGACAGUGCUUGUGUCAAUUUUCAGACCUAAGCCUGUUAAAGUAAUUAAUGCUACUCAUGAACAGUUUGAAUUUGGUUUCUCUGUUCUGCUUCUCUCACCAGCUGUCUGUUCAAUCAUGGCAUUCCUGUGGUCUCUGCACGCAGAAGGAAUGUCAAUGACAUCUAGGCCUCGCAAGUAUGGUUUCAUCGCGUGGCUCUUGACUACAUGUGUAGGUUUACUUCUCUCAUUCCUAAGCAAAUCAUCUCUAAUAUUGGGAUUAGCUCUGACAUUUCCACUUAUGGUGGCAAGUCUUUCGGUUGCCCUCCCAAUUUGGAUGCACAAUGGUUACUGUUUCUGGAUAUCAGGAGGGCUUGAAAGUCAUGGAAACAGACAUCAGUCCUCUAGGAAGGAGGCCAUUAUGCUUGCAGGCAGUCUAUGCAUAUUUAUGGGAUCGGUUGCAGCUCUUGGUGCAAUCAUAUCUGCAAAGCCCUUAGAUGAUUUAGGUUACAAAGGUUGGAACACAAACCAAAACAGCAUCUACUCUCCUUACACAACGUCUAUGUACUUGGGUUGGGCUCUAGCUUCAGCAAUUGCUUUAGUAUUUACUGCUGGAAUGCCCAUUGUGGCAUGGUUUGCAACAUAUCGUUUCUCAUUCUCAUCUGCUAUAUGUCUUGGUUUUUUCACUGUUGUUCUUGUUGCCUUUUGUGGCACAUCAUAUUGGGGCGUGUUGAGUUCUCGAGAUAGAAUUCCAAUGAAGGCUGAUUUUCUUGCUGCCCUACUUCCAUUGGUUUGCAUCCCUGCCUUUUUGUGUCUGUUCACGGGUUUGUAUAAAUGGAAAGAUGAUGAUUGGAAACUCUCUCGAGGAGUUUAUGCCUUCAUUGGCAUUGGCUUUACAUUAUUGCUUGGUGCUUUAUCAGCUCUGACAGUUAUGGUAGCACCUUGGACGGUUGGAGUAGCUUUCCUUUUAGUUAUACUUCUUAUCCUUCUAGCGAUUGGUGUGAUUCACUAUUGGGCCUCAAAUAAUUUCUAUCUUACAAGGACUCAAAUGUUAUUUGUUUGUUUUCUUGCUUUUCUUCUGGCUCUUUCUGCAUUUCUUUUGGGGCUUUUCGAAGGCAAACCUUUUGUUGUAAAG